GGCGAACCUUUGAACGGCGAUGGGGGUGGACUGAAGGAAGAAACAACGCUUGGCUAUGACCGCUGUGCCAACAGUCGGGAGAAUAUAAUAGCAAAGGCUUCAGAUGAAACGCACGCAAAGAAGAGGACUUAACCAGAGCACUAGUUCAUAAAACUGAACCCAGCACAGAGAGAGAGAGAGAGAGAGACAGAGAUGAGCAGCAGCGGCUCGGCGGCGGUGGCGGAGGCGGUGGUGGUGGCGGAAUCAUACCCGAUGAACGGUGGAGACGGCACAUAUAGCUACAACAAGAACUCUCACUUUCAGAGAGUGGCAACGAACGUCGCCCGGGCGACAAUUAACGAGGCAAUCGCAGAGAGGCUCGACGUGAAGCGAUUUUCUCCUGCUCUGACCACAUUCCGAAUCGCGGAUUUAGGCUGUUCGGUUGGGCCGAACACCUUCAUUGCAGUCCAAAACAUCCUAGAAGCGGUCCGGCACAAGUACGAAUCACAAGGCCUCUCCUCCCAACUGCCUGAUUUCCAAGUCCUGUUCAACGACCAUGCGGCCAAUGAUUUCAACACCCUCUUCGCUUCCCUGCCAUCCGACCGGCCGUACUACGCGGCUGGCGUGCCGGGAUCCUUCCACGGGCGACUGUUCCCCAAGGCGUCCCUCCAUAUUGCGCACUCAUCUUAUGCGCUUCAUUGGCUUUCCAAGAUGCCUAAAGAAUUGGUUGAUCCAAAUUCCCCUGCAUUUAACAAGGGGAGAGUUCACUACACAAGUGCUCCACGCGAAGUGAGCGAUGCUUAUGCUUCUCAGUUUGCAAAGGACAUGGUGACAUUUCUGAGCGCUAGAGGCGAGGAAAUUGUGAGUGGAGGCAUCAUGGUUCUGGUCAUGUCCGGGAUCGCUAAUGGCAUUCCUCAUUCACGUGUGCCGUCGGGCGUUAUGUUCGAUCUUUUGGGGUUCAGCUUGAUGGAUAUGGCAAAGGAGGGUAUAAUAAGUGAGGCUCAGGUGGAUACAUUCAAUUUGCCGGUAUAUGCUACCUCUCCUGACGAGAUGACGGCACUGGUAGGGAGCAAUGGGUGUUUUAGCAUAGAGAGGAUGGAUUUAGCAGCUCCUAAAUCGAAGCUCGAUGACUCGGUUGGAGGGCAUGCGUGCAUGCUGCACUUAAGAGCCGGAAUGGAGGGCAUCAUCAGCAAACAUUUUGGAAGCGAGAUUAUCGACGACCUGUUUGAUCGUUUUCUCAGGAAAACUGAGGAAUUUUCCGACCAUUUAAACUCUGCAUUUCUUCAAGGAAGCCAACUGGUAGCGAUACUGAAGCGCAUAUAAUGCGCGCCUGAGAGCGAGUUCCGCAUUUCUUUUUCUAAAUAAAGUUCCGGAUAUGUACUUUU